UCAAGAUGGCUGCCGUGUUUACAUGAACCGAGAAGGCUUAUCGAAUUUACGCUUUUGAGGUGAAAGAGAACAGACGUGUCACUCAGUGACAUCGGUAUAUAAUUUAGAGGAGCUGAUGGCCGUACAGAUGUUCACACACAUCCACGAACCAGCAGCUCGUGUCCGAGCUCUCUGUGAUUAUGGCUCCAAGGUCGAUGUGGACAAGGCAAUAUCACCCAAACUCUAUCUUCGCUCAGGUCGAGAGAUGAUCAGAAUGGCAAAUAUAUACUUGGAUGAGGGGAACCUGGAGAGUGCCUUUAUCCUGUACUCCAAGUACAUAACAUUAUUUAUAGAGAAGUUACCUAGACAUCCAGAUUACAAGUCUGCUCCCCACACAGAACUUGUGGAAUUAAAACGGAAACUGAAGCAUGUGUUUCCUCUUGCGGAAGAAAUCAAGAGUAAAUUGAAGACGAGAUACACUGCCCAGGAGAGGGAAAGGCAGGCUGCUGAGCGUAAGCGACAGGAAGCGUUGGAACAGGAGGCCCAACUCAGAGAGGAGGAGGAACGAGUGCAGCAGGAGCAGGCAGCCAUCAAAGCACUCAAGGCCAAGGAAGCUGAUGAAAAAUGGCGCCGGGAACAGGAGGAACGUUACAGAGAGCUGCAGAGUCGUGCACAGCAGGAUCAGGACCGGCAGCAGCCCAGGGUUGCCGUGGCAACAGUACCGGCAAUAGUACCGGCAACAGAUCCUGGACUGGACAGUCAGUUUGGCUUGAAUGACAUCAGUAGUCCCGGGGUUGCAUCCACCACCCUGCCUUCUGCCCCGCCUUCAUACGACCAGAUUGUGGGACCUUCGUCAGUACCGGGUAUACCCGACAGAGAACUGAAGAAGAUGGCAAUCAGUGAUAAUGAGUCAAGUAAUCCCCCUUCAGUCGAUAGAAGCACCAAGCCCUCUGUCAUGACCUUUGACCACUUCACCAGUAUUGGAGGUGGGGGUGGGGCAGGAGGUCUGAGGGAGAUCACAGUACCCACAGACCUCAUGAGGAAGUUCAUUGAGAUGGCUCAAAGCAACACUGACAAGAAGACCGAAACAUUAGGCAUACUGUUUGGGACUCUGGCCCAGAACCAGUUCCAUGUGACCCACCUGUUCAUCCCCCAGCAGCACGGCACGCCAGACAGCUGCGACAUGGAGAAUGAGAUCGACCUCAUUGACUACCAAGACAAAUACAACCUCAUCAACCUCGGCUGGAUACAUACCCAUCCAACACAAACAGCUUUCCUGUCCAGUGUUGAUCUACACAGUCACUACCCAUACCAGAUCAUGCUGCCUGAGGCCAUCGCCAUUGUGUGCUCCCCAAAAUAUAAUGAGACAGGUAUAUUUCGGCUGACAAAUGACCGUGGCAUCGCAGAAAUAGGGAGCUGCAGUCAACCAGGCUUCCACUAUCACACCAAAGAGCCUCCACUGUUUGAAUCCAGUCCCCAUGUGAAGAUCUUGGAGAACAAGGAAGUCGUUGUCGCUGAUAUGAGGAAGAAAUAGACGCUGUCAGUCAACUGUCAGACAUGUGAUCACAGCCCAUGGGUCUGGGGAAAUUGUAAAGGAUAAUUCAUUCCGCCUGUAAAUGUUUCUGGGUUGGAAAAAUAUAUACUAAGUGUACGAUUCUCUUGCCUAGGCAUGGAAUAGAUAAUUCAGAUGACGUUUUCGAAUGGAAACAAUAACCGAAGGGCAUUAUUCUAACGGAUGAAUUACCAGAGGGAAUGAAUUCUCUGUUACAAAAUGGCUAGUGGACUUUGUCAUGAAUUCCAUCAUUUCAUAUUCUACAUGUAUGCUGUGCAAUGAUGCAAUUGUCUAAACUCCCAUAACACCCACGAUAGCUUAAUGAUACCGACCAAUAACCCACCACACAUGACCGUGUGUCAGCAGGGACCAGUAGAUGAUGUUAUUUGACAUAUACACAGGUUUUGAACAAUUUGGAUUGACAUAAACAAAUGCAAGCAUUUCAAUAUCUCAUUUUGUCAGUGAAUGAGCCUGGUCUAAUUUUUGGAAAAUGUAACCCCUUAAACGAUGUGGGUUAAUAUUAAGCAUGCCAGCAUCAAACUAGUCUGUAUGGAGGGUGGAUGGACUCACAUGCAGCUGAUACUUUGAAGAGUUAUGCCCCUUGUUCACCAGGAACUGCUGGUUUUUGGUUUUCAACCUGGUAAUGAUCCUUGGUCUGCCCUCUUCAUACCUGGUGAGGGUUCAUUACAGUGGUGAAUGCCAGCUCUCUCUUACUUCUGUGUGUUAUGAAUACUACUGAAACUGUCUUGUAGAUCGUCAGCAGUGUAGUUAAAUCAAAUGCAGAUUGCUUUUACAAAACAAAUCAAAAUAAUCUUAUUUAGAUGAUGCAUGCUAUCUCCUCAUGUUGUUAAGUUAAGACUUAAUUUAGAUUCUGUGCAAGCUAGUCUCCUUUCUCUCUGCAUUCCGGUGGUUUAGAAGUCAAUAAGAAAGAACAAGGUUUCUCUGAAUUUACUUCAAAAUCAGACAUGAAAAUGUGAUGUCCAUGUUUCAUGCAAACCAUUGAAAUCUGAACUGGGACUGGGUUAACAGUUCAGUUGGAUCAGCUCUCAUGGAUCUGUUGUAAACAGCUCUCAUGGGUCUGUUGUAAACUGCUCUCAUGGGUCUGUUGUAAACAGCUCUCAUGGAUCUGUUGUAAACAGCUCUCAUGGAUCUGUUGUAAACAGCUCUCAUGGGUCUGUUAUAAACAGCUCUCAUGGAUCUGUUGUAAACAGCUCUCAUGGGUCUGUUAUAAACAGCUCUCAUGGAUCUGUUGUAAACAGCUCUCCAGGGUUUGGUAAACAACCAAAUCAGGGUUUGCAGUAAACUGCCCACAGUAAUCAGAGUGUUUCUUCCACACAGAAUGGCAGGAAUCACAUGUCUGACUUAUAUUAUGGUGCUUUAUGAUAUUGUGUAACUAUAUUGAGUGAAAUCUUGUACAUUUGUACCAAGCUGUUGCAGGUGUAAACAUUGUUUCUGAUAGUGCUUGACGUGCUCGUGUUUGUCAGUGUAAAAAUGUUACCGCAGUGCCAUAUUACCAUGCACCACUGUUAGGGCUUUGUUCUUGUUUCAUCAUGAUAACUAGACAAUUGUCACAGUAAGUGAACUUCUGUUGGAAAAAUAGUCAUGCUGCAUAAGUGUGUUGUAUGAAUUGCAUCAUUUUUGAAGUCAUCGUCGUUUAUAGAAGUGGAGGCACGGACAGAUGCAUCUUUCAGUGAAUAGGAACUGUAUGGAUUGAUGUGUCAUAAUUUAUGAAAACUAUGUAAACCAACAAUGUUUAAGAAUAUUCAUUUUUUGUGGCUUUAUGUGGGUAUGAAUCUUCAUAGUGGGAGGGCCAAACUGUGUAAACGUCAGAGUUUGCAAUGUCAGUUUUGUGUUGUGUAAUUGGCCCCUUACCCAAUUUAAAAGGUCUGUAUCAUGUAAACCUCACAUCAAAAUGAUAAACGUCUCCCUUUCCAGAUGCUUUGAAAAUGUAGCAUUCCCCCACUCUUGGGUUGAAUGUUCAUCUGGGGACCAGAUUAACCUGUGUUGAAGCAUCUGGGGACCAGAUUAACCUGUGUUGAAGCAUCUUCCUGUUGACUAUGAUGUAAUAUACAUUUAUAUUGCUUUUUAUUCACCAUUAUUUCACUCCAAAUGACAAUCAAGCAGAGAAGAGUGUGUCAUCACCUCUUGACUAUCCUUCAUGGUUGUCCAUGGGCAGUGGGAUGUUAAAGUUUCAUCCUGAAUGUAAUUUGAUAUUAAACCAUCCUAAUAUAUCAGAGCAUCAUCACCUUCAGUGAACGUAUUGUGUACUUAAUAACAAUAUAAAACCACAGUUGUUACAACUUUCUUUACAUGGCUCCAUAGAUAAGGCUACUUAAAACUAGUUAAUGUAAAAACAAUAAUUGGAAGUCUGUAUGUUAUGGCAAUAUCAAUCUGCCAUGACAGAUCAACUAGCUUCACAUCUCGUUAUUUUUUAUUAGGCUUAUAAAGAAAGCUUUCAUAGGUGUCAUAUAAACUAUCUUUGAACUGAGUCAUAAAACUCAACAAUGUAUGCAGCAAAGAACCCUAUCUGAUUUCUCUGACAUGAGAAAACUUUGAUUUUUCUCCACAUUUUGUUUUCAGUCAGUUAAAUCUGUUGGUGGUCUAAUUCUGACAGAUCAGCUUUUGUUUUAUAAUGCUUGAUGUUCACUUUGCAAUAUAUCUUCACAAUAUAUGAUCAAUAUGCUAUACCGCUUUAACAUAAAAGAUGUCUGUAGUUUUUAUUUCAUUUCCUUCACACAAAUCUUAUUAUUUCUGUUUGAAAGUGUAGAUGUUGAUGCCUUUGAGUCAUUGUUUGCCAUACCUCUGGAGCGUCAGUGUUUUAUAGUCGUUGCUGAAUAGCUGUAUAUAAUGUUAAUUUAUUGUGAAUAUUUGUAUUUUGUACAGCUAUGUAUAUAUGUAAUUUGCUGAGAAUUUGUAUAAAUGUGCAUACAUUCUGAUCUGUUUGGUAAACUGUUUACGUUUGAUACCCGUUGGAUUGAUAUUCUGACACGUUUGUAUAACAAGAUCCUGGACAAUAAAACUCUUUGUUGUCAA